ACUUUGUUCAAUUGUUAGUCUUACAUCAUUUAUUAAUUAGUCCUUAGCUUUAGCCACACCAUACAAAACAUGAACCAAAUAACCAUAUUUUUCAACAGCUCACAUUUGGUUCUCAUCCUCCUCCUCAUAUCCUCUCCGGCGAUCUCAGCCGCCCCGUCACCAUCGCCGGCUGAUCGGAAAACCCACUUUGUGCUGGUCCAUGGGGCUUGCCAUGGGGCCUGGUCAUGGUACAAGGUCUCCGCCAUCCUCCAAUCCUCCGCCCACACCGUCACCACACUCGACAUGGCCGCCUCCGGCAUCGACCCGCGCCAGGCCAAGACCAUCUCCUCCACCUUCCACUAUUUUCAGCCCUUGACGGAGCUCUUGGCUGCCCUGCCUUCCGGCGAGAGGGUUGUUCUCGUCGGCCACAGCUUCGGUGGGCUCGGGGUCGCUUUAGCAAUGCAGAACUUCCCGGAGAAGAUCUCCGCCGCUGUUUUUGUCGCCGCCACCAUGCCUGGCCCCAAUCUCAGUGUUUCCGCCAUUCGUAGAGAGGCUGAAAAGGAACCAACUCCACCAUUGGACAGCCAUUAUUUAUACGAAAAUGGAGAGGCAGAGCCUCCAACUUCUUACAUCUUGGGGCCACAGAAGUUAGCAGAACAUCUGUAUCCACUCUCACCAUCAGCGGAUCUGAUAUUGGCAAAGGAGUUGGUGAGGCCUCUUCCUAUGUUUGAAAUCGAGGAUUCAGAAUUUGAGUUCACUGAGGAGAGAUAUGGGUGUGUGAAAAGGGCUAUGGUUGUAACAGAGAGAGAUUUAACGAUGACCAAAAAACUUCAGAUGUGGAUGAUUCAGAAAAACCCACCACAUAUUACACUGGAGAUUAAAGGAUCUGACCAUAUGGCUAUGGCCUCCAAGCCACUUGAGCUCGCCCAUCAACUCCAAUGUAUUGCCCACCAACUCAAUCUAUUUUGACUUUUGAUCUCUCUCCAAGGAUCUUUUCUUACUUCCAACUUUUCUAAAGGCAUUUACGAGUUCGUAUGAAUGCAACGCUCAAGUGUGAGAAUUUGAAUAUCUUACUUCAAAGGAAUAGGGGAAGCUAUGUUCAUGUUAGCAUAUGCAACCUAUGAAAAAGAAAUAAAUCUUUUACCUCUUAUAUUUUGGGUGUGAGCUUAA